CUUCAACAAAUUCUUGAAUUUUGGUAUCGUUUUGACCGGGUAUAAACUCGAUCUUUCUUGAAGUUUGCUUUGAUGGAAAUAACAUCAGCUAAAUGGAUUUCUGAAUUGGAAAUGGAGGAUGCAGCUGCUUUUAACUACCAAUACCAAAUAGACACACUUGAUUACUCCAUCGAUGAUCUUGAAUUUCAAUCUUUUUCUUAUAAUAACCAAGUUUUCAAUCAUCCAAGUGUUGAGAAUUUUCGAGCAUCGACCGAUCUGGACCAAAACCCGGCGAAACAGCUAAAAACCGAAAGCUGGAAUUCUUGCACUACCACUCAUAAAAAAAUCACUUCUCCUUCUUCAUCUCCUCAUAUUAUAUCUUUCGAAAACUCGCAUUCGUCUCCUGCUGCUGCUAAAAAGCCUAAGAUUGAAAUGGUUUCUAAUGAAAAUGUGAAGUAUCCUUCUAGUUUAUUCGAUCCGGGUUUCAUGGAGGAUCGAUAUGGUUCGACCUAUUAUAAUAAUAAUAAUAAACAAAGAAAUGAUAAAAAGGGUGGUGCAGUAAUAAGUAGGAAUCCUCUAUAUGCUCAAGAUCAUGUGAUGGCGGAGAGGAAGCGCCGAGAAAAGCUUAGCCAGCAAUUCGUUGCUCUUUCUGCAGUUAUUCCUGGUCUGAAAAAGAUGGACAAAGCUUCAAUUCUUGAAGAUGCAAUUAAGUACGUAAAGAAUUUACAAGAACGCGUAAAGACAUUAGAGGAUCGAUCUGCCAUAAAAUCAAUGGGGUCGGUAGUUUUUGUGAAGAAAUCAAAAGUUUAUGUUGAUGAUGAGUCAUCAUCGUCAACUGAUGAGAUUAAUUCUGAUGAAAUCUGUGACCAACUUCCGGAAAUUGAAGCGAGGAUUUCAGACAAAGAUGUUCUGAUUAAAAUCCAUUGCGAAAAACAAAAAAGCUGCUUGAUGAAGAUACUAUAUGUAAUGGAAAAGUUUCAUUUGAAUGUGAUCAAUACCAGUGUGAUACCUUUUGGAAACUCCACCAUCGAUAUUACUAUUGUUGCCCAGGCGGACGGUGGAUUUUUCAUGACAGUAAAAGAUCUCUUGAGAAACCUGAGACAAGCUCUACUUAAUUAAGCAUUUGGGAGUGAAAUAACAGCAGCAGCUUUUUAACUUUGUUUGAUUGUUUGAUGUUUCCAUUAGCAUCUGAGAGAAACACUUUCUAUUUCUGUCUAAUGUUUCCAUUUUUAGCAGCAGAGGGUUUUUUAGGGCAAAUGAUGCCCUAGUUUCUUAAGCGCGGUUGACUUGUUGACCACGUUACUUACCCACGUGCUGAAUAUAUGGAGAUUGCUGCCUUUUUAGGGGUUUUUGACCUAUUUAUGUCUCACUUUUUUUUGAGAGGUUUCUGGCCUCUUUCCCGGUUGUUGCACGUGUACGAUUAUCUAAUAAAAUAAUGUUUUACUAUUA